CGUUUGGACCCCGCGUCACGGCUCUUCCCAGGGGGGGUUGAGGACCCUCGAGCACCCCGGUUACCCCACGCCGGGGGCUGCCAGCACCAUCCCCCCACCCGUGACAGCCCAGACCGGAGCUCCGCGGACCCCUUCCUGCCCAGGUCUCCCCAGCCAGGCCCCGCAUCCCGGUGCCGGCCACGUCUCUGCGGGCUCAUCCCUGCGCGGGACCCACUGCCCGAGCUCCCUGGGUGCUGAGCCCACCGGACCUGGGUCAAUAUGAAAGCCUCCGUCUGCGAAUCGGGGCAGAAACUGGAAAUUUUCAUCCCUUUCCUGGGCAAGUGCCGCCCGCCCUUGAGGCGCUGCUGCCAGACCUGCACCCCGAGGAGCUGGGAUGGAUUCUACCACCGGCAGCUCUCCUCCCUCGGCUUCCGCGACACCAUCCGGGUGACGGAGGAGGACACGCGGUACCGGGGCUGGCUGGUCCGAAGGGUCUGCGGUUUCCUGGCUGUCUGGGACUGGAAGGUUCUGGCUGACACCCCGGGAGACCUUCUGGAGAGGGUCUGCCACAGCCAGAGGGUGCAGGAUGUCGCUGCCGGCCGGUCCCGUGGCUCGAGAGGGGAUGGUGCAUCCCUCCAGCAGUGGAAGGAGAAAAUACUCAAGAUCCUGGUGGAAAUCCAGGCCCCGCUCUCCCCCAUCAUGCUGAGACUGUGCAACUGGGCUCUGCUCAAGCUCCUGAACUGCCUCUUCCUCAGUGUGCAGCUCCACCGAGGGCAGCUGGAGAUGGUGCUGAGGGCCGCCAGGAUGCCUGGCGUGCCGCUGGUUUUCCUCUCAACACACAAAUCCCAGCUGGAUGGGCUGCUCCUGUCCUUCCUUCUCUUCUCCCAGGGGCUGGGAGUGCCCAGGGUGACGGUGGGCGGCCGGGUCUGCAGCCCUCGCCUCCGAGCCUUGCUCAGCCGCCUGGGAGGGAUUUUCCUGCCCUCGAGGAUGGAGCAGAUGCCAAUCGACCGGGACGAAGAGCUCCCAGGGGCCGUCCUGGCUGCGUAUGUUGAAGAGGUGCUGAGGAGCCGGCAGCCGCUGCUCAUCUUCCUGGAGGAGCCCCCGGUUGCCAUGUGCCUCUCAGCCGCUGCCCGGCAGUGGCUGGCCCUGGUGUACCGAGCCGUGCGCGAUGGCACCGUCCCUGACAUCCUCCUGGUCCCCGUGGGCAUCGCCUACGACGUGGUCCCCGGCGGCUCGCACUGGGAAGGAGCGCGCGGCACCCGGCCGCUCGGGCUCGGUGCUUUGCUGCGGGCGGCGUGCCGGGCCCUACGCCGACCCCUGGGCUGCGCCCGCGUGGACUUCGCCCAGCCCUUCUCCUUACGGGAGUUUGUGGCCCAAAACCUGGCCGGGCAGAGCAGUGUGGGGAAGCCACCGGAGGAGCCGCUGGUGCCCACCAUCCUCGGGAUGUGCCCCAGCCGGCCGGACGAGAAGGCGGCGGAGGUUUGGCAGCCCGGCCCCGCCACGGCCAGCGGCUGGGAGGCAGAGGAGGAGAUGCUGGUGACCAGGCUGGGCCUGCACUGCCUGAGCGAUGGUGUUGCCUGCUCUGCCGUCAUGGCUGUGGGGAUCACGUCCGCGCUGCUGCUGCACAAGCACCGCGAGGGCGUCUUCCUCUCCCGGCUGAUGCGGGACUUUGCCUGGCUGCUGGAGGAGACCCUGCUGCACCAGCGUGACACGGGCUUCUCGGGGCAGCUCCGGCACCUGGUGCAGCACAGCCUCAGCCUGCUGGGACCCCGUCUCCACCUCUACCGCCUGUCCCCCAUCGGGGAUGUCCUGGUGGUCCCCAAGGCCUCAGCGGAGGCCCUGGGCGAGCUGGGCCUCUACAGUGCCGCCAUCCUGCCCGUCUUCGCCAGUGAGGCAGUGGGAGCCUGCGCCAUCCGUGCCGUGCUGAUGGAGAUGCUGCCCUUCCUGGGGGCGGCCAUGGGCUCCGCCGGCGUUGUGCUUAGCGAGGACGAGCUGCUUCACAAGAUCCAGGAGCUGCUCCGGCUGCUGCCCCCAAACCUGCUGGGGCUCCAGCCCUGCCAGCCCCUGGAUGGCUGGAGCCAGGACAUCGUCGACAAGCUCCUCCUGUGUGGGCUGCUGGAGGCUGAGGAGCCGGAGGGUGGGCGCUGGGUCUGCGACUCGGGCCCCCGGCCCCUCAGCCAGGGGCAGUCCUGGGCCGCGCUGGACUUCACCGACAGCGACAGCGACAGCAACGGUGACAGCGUGGUCCCCAACCGCUGCUUCAAGCUCAGCCAGCCCCAGGGCUCGCCCAGCUUCCUCCUCUUCCUCUGCCGCCUGCUGAGCCCCCCGCUGAGGACCCUCGCCGCAGCUGUGGCCUUCUUGGACCGCCCCAGCUGGCCCCAGCCUGAGGCAGCCUACGUGGAGGCGCUGCUGCAAUUCCUGGCUGAGGAGAAGGGGUUCGAGCAUCUAGACAGGAGCCUGGCGCUGAGCUCCCUGCAGACCUUCAAGGAGAUGGGGGUGCUGGAGGCAGUGCGCAGCCCCCCCGGACCCUUGCUCCACCUCGCCCAGCCUUUCCGCUCCAGCACCAGCCGCGCCAAGCUGGGAGCCUUCAUCCAGCAGUUCAUCCAGCCGUAGCCGCGCCAGUAAACCCGGGAGCAGGGAUGGGA